ACCGGUUGACCUCUGAACCGUCUUCCUCUGUCCUCGGCACAAGUCACAAGACGAAGUGUCGUAUAAGCGCACGGCGGACGAGCUGCAGCUCCGUUCAGGACUCAUUCGGUGUCGUCGGAUGAAACAAACACAAAGAACCAGACAAGCAGAGCAGACGAGCGAGGGAAGGGGACUGGUCCAGAUGAGCUGGGCAGCGGAGGCCUUGUGUCGCUAAAGCUCGCUCUGUUUUUCCUUGAGAGAGACGACACGAUCAGAGCAAAGCGAGGAGGGAGACGCACACAUCAUGUCCUCGGUCCAUUUCAGUCCAGGGUCAGAUUCAGGUGUAAAUGGAAACGUCGCAAAGAUGGAGGAUGCUAAAGUGGAGAUUGACGACGGAAAGGACGAAAGCGUGCUGCCAGACACGAUGUACCACAAUAUCCGCAAGAAGAUUGCACCUUUUGUUAUGUCCUUUGGAUUUCGUAUAUUCGGAGUGAUCCUGAUCUUCGUGGACAUCGUGCUGGUGAUUGUGGACCUUUCCCUGCCUUCCAAGAGCAGAGAGGUCGGCGAUGCCUUGGAGGCCGUGUCCCUCACCAUCUCCUUCUUCUUCCUCGCGGACGUCCUCCUGCGGGUCUAUGUGGAAGGGUUCAAAGUUUACUUCAGCUCCAAGCUGAGCAUCGUGGACGCCUGCGUUGUGGUGGUCACCCUGGUGGUCACCAUGAUCUACACCUUCACUGACCUGUCAGGGGCCAGUCUCAUCCCCAGGGUGGUGACGUUUCUCCGUUUCCUGAGAAUAAUAAUCCUGGUGAGGGUUUUCAGACUGGCAGCUCAGAGGAAAGAGCUGGAGAAGGUCACCAGGAGGAUGGUUUCUGAGAACAAGCGACGCUAUCAGAAGGACGGAUUUGACCUUGACCUCACCUACGUCACAGACCGCGUCAUCGCCAUGUCUUUCCCCUCCUCUGGGAAGCAGUCCUUCUACAGGAAUCCAAUUGGGGAGGUGGCCCGGUUCCUGGACGCUAAACACGACGGCCACUAUAAAGUUUACAACCUGUGCAGUGAGAAAGGCUACGACCCGCAGUUCUUCCACUACAGAGUUGAGCGGGUGUUCAUCGACGACCACAACGUCCCCUCCCUGGAGGACAUGCUGAAGUACACAUCGAGCGUGAGGGAGUGGAUGUCUGCUCAUCCCAAAAACAUCAUCGCGAUACACUGUAAAGGAGGGAAAGGACGCACAGGUACUCUGGUGUGCACCUGGCUUAUCGACAGUGACCAGUUUGAGAGUGCACAAGACAGUCUGGAGUAUUUUGGUGAGAGGAGGACGGACAAGAGUCGGAGCUCCAAGUUCCAGGGAGUCGAGACGCCGUCUCAGAGCCGGUACGUGGGCUACUACGAGAUCAUGAAAACGAGGUUCAACAGACAGCUGCCUCCAUCUAAACUCCUCGGGAUCAAAAGCAUCCGCAUCCACUCCAUAGCAGGUGUGGGUAAAGGCGAUGGCAGCGAUCUCAGGGUGAAGAUAAUUGUGAAGAAAGAGCUGGUGUUUCAAUGCAUCUGCGCCAAACAGGAGAACUGCACAGUAUUUCCCGACAUGGGCAGUAACGCAGCAGUCAUCAGUCUACAGAAUGGGCCUACGGUCGAAGGGGAUGUGAAGGUCAUGUUUGAAUCAAGUGCUGGUCUUCCAAAAGGAUACGAAGACGUCCCGUUCUACUUCUGGUUCAAUACCUCCUUCAUAGAGGACAACAAGCUGUUCCUGCCCAGGGAGGAGCUGGACAACCCACACAAACCCAAGACAUGGGACUUGUACAAGGAGGACUUUGGUGUCACCAUGUUCUUCACCGAAUCCUAAUGAAAUAAAUAUGGAUGGUGGAAACAAACUGGCAGAUCAAACACUAAAAUAAAAACUGAAAUUUGAAAAAAAA